AUGGCACCCAAAAGGAAAAGGGCGGUGGCGCGGGGCAGUACAUUGCGCUCUGCUGUUACCUGUACUGCCAAUGUAGAAAAGAAGUUGGGUUUGGCUAUGUCGGACCCCACUGAAGCGGGCUCACGAGCAAAGACUCCCAGAAAGAGCGCCAGCUCCAGAGGGAAAUGGAGCGAAGAUCAGCUACUGGCCAGCGAUAAGUCCGCCCUCAUAGAUAUGGACUUGGUGAAACUCCUGGCACACCCUGGAGCAUGGAAUUGCCUGGAAGAGACAGAAAAGCGGGAGAUUCUCGCUCUACUACCCCCAGAUGUUCACCCAGAAGCACAGAUUGUCACUGAAGAUUCUGAUGCAAAGAUACCCCCAAUACCUGACAGCUUUGUCCGCUACUCAAACAACUGGCGCGAUGGUGUGCGACAGUUCCAGCUUGAUCUCCAGAACGGCCGCUAUGACCCCAAAUGGCUGCGGCAAGCCCAGGAGGCCAGAGAGCGACGUGCAGAGGGUGCCUAUGACGCUUUCAAAGAGCGUGAAUAUGAGCAGUUCUGGGGACAGAAGCAGAGGGCUGCCUGGAAAGCAUCUGCCGGUGAAAGUGCGCGUGUUAAACUAGGAACUCUGAUCAAAGAAGGCGUCAUCCAGCUGGGCGACGUUUGGAAAUUCUACUUCGUUUAUGGAAAGGGAGCAGACAGACUUGUCAUCGACAAAGAGACCAGGAUUGAUGCAAUCGACAGAGCCAAGCUAACAUUUGCGGUCCCACCGGGCCAAAAAGCCUUUCUUCACUCCAAGUUCGAUGGAGACCGGAAACAAAGCACACCAAAAAAGGAAGACAUAAAAAUCGACACUCAGACAGAGUCAACCCCAGUCACCGCAUCCUCGAGCCACGAUACCGCGCCAGUUGAAAAAAAGAAAUCACCUGUGGUUACCGUGUCUUCCAAUAGUGACGAGUCCCCGAAGGGAAAACCAGCAGACUCCCACCCAGUGCUUACACCCAAUUCCAAUGAACAAAAGCCAGAGGAUGUACCCGACUUCAGCGUUGUCAUUGUCAGCCCAGCGAAAGUACGAACACCUAAGCGGACGAUCUCCGUUCCUGAACCCCAGCCAUCAGCGAAGCGCCUGAGAGGGCGACCACGUAACAACAGCCAGGAUCCUGGUUCCGUGCUUGUGUCAGGGAGUGACGAGAGGUCGGGGUCAUCCAACGACGAGCAGCCCGGACUAGCAUCUCCGGUGACCAUGCAGCUCAAUCUGACCCGGGAGACAGAGAACAAUGCUCAGCUAGCCAUUGAUCCCUCGCAACCAAAGUGUGCUAGCCAGGAUGGAACUUCGCCGCUGUCCUCUCCUCUCUCCACACCUCCUGAAUCCCUGAAGGACCCGGAUGAGUUUGCCAGCAGUCCUGUUAAGAAUGUAACUGUGGGGACACCUAAAGGCAAUGAUGACCCUUCAGUCUCCGAGGCUCCUGUCCCGGCGCCAACCCAAAGUGACGAUUAUCCACCCAUCAUUCCCACCGAGGAAAUCAUCAAAGUUGAUCAUGCCUUAUGCCACGAUCCCACCAAGGUAGUGAUCGAAGAUGAGCACGAUGUGUCCAUCCCACCUGCCGCCGCGGAGACGCAAGCAAGUGAAACUCCAACCUCAUCCCAGGCUACCCCUGAUUUCCCAACCAACGAGGAGGGCGAAGUCAUAAUAUCCAACAUUGCUACGCCGCAGGCUCUCGUUCAAAAGAUCUUGCAAAUCGAUGGCCGCAAGCCAAACGGGCGUACAUCGAAUGCAUGGAAAGAACUCCGUUGCUUCCGCAACAACCAAGACAUGGGAAGUCUAUUCGAUGUUCGAGAGAAUUGGUUUGUCCAGCAUGAAAAUGAUUAA